ACACCUGCCAUGAAACUGCACUUGAAGCAAUGGAGACAACGGAUGCUCUUCGGGAUAUUUGUUUGGGGGCUCCUCUUUUUGGUGAUUUUCAUCUACUUCACCGACAGCAGCCCUGCUGCACCCGUACCGAGCUCCGUCUCCUUCCUGGAGACCAGGAGGCUCCUGCCCAUCCAGGGGAAGCAGCGGGCCAUCAUGGGCGCCAUGCACGAGGCCCCCUCGCCCACAAGCACGGGUGCGAACAAGCUCCUGCCCCCGGGACAGCCGGCCGACCCCCUGCACGCGGGACCUGGCGACCCACAGACGUGGGAUGAGUUUGACAAUGAAGAUUUCUUUUCAUCCCAGGUUGGGAGAAAAUCUCAAAGUGCUUUCUACCCGGACGACGACGACUACUUUUUUGCUGCAGAUCGGCCAGAGUGGCACGCUCCGGGGAUGUUGGGACUCCCUGCCCCGCUGCAGCCGGGCCAGCGGGAGGGGACUUUGCCGCCUGGGCAGGUGCAGAGAAGGCGGAUGAAGAGGCACCCGAGACCGAGAAGGAGCCGAGUGCCGGAGGAGGGCGACGACGGGGACAGGCCGUACUCAUCCAUGUCCAGGGCCUUCCUGUACCGGCUCUGGAAGGAUUCUACAGAGAAAAAAAGUAAGCUUAUCACUUAUGUGUUCUUAGAUUCUCAUGAUGCAGUUUUGAGAUUUAACUCUGCUCCUACGCGUGGUUAUGAGAAAGAUGUUGGAAAUAAAACCACCAUGCGCAUCAUUAAUUCCCAGAUUCUGACCAACCCCAACCAUCACUUCAUGGACAGUUCUUUGUAUAAAGAUGUUAUUUUGGUGGCCUGGGACCCUGCUCCUUAUUCUGCAAAUCUUAACCUGUGGUACAAGAAGCCAGAUUACAACCUGUUCGCUCCGUAUAUUCAGCAUCGUCAGAGAAACCCAAAUCAGCCAUUUUACAUUCUUCAUCCUAAGUUUAUAUGGCAACUGUGGGACAUUAUCCAGGAGAACACUAAGGAGAAGAUUCAGCCAAACCCACCGUCUUCUGGUUUCAUUGGAAUCCUCAUCAUGAUGUCCAUGUGCAGAGAGGUGCACGUGUAUGAAUACAUCCCGUCCGUCCGGCAGACGGAGCUUUGCCACUACCACGAGCUGUACUACGAUGCCGCCUGCACCCUGGGUGCCUACCACCCGCUGCUCUACGAGAAGCUGCUGGUGCAGCGCCUGAACACGGGCACCCAGGCAGAUUUGCAUCGCAAGGGCAAGGUGGUCCUGCCAGGCUUCCAGACCCUGCACUGCCCUGCUCCAAGCCCCGCGGGUCCACACUCUUAGAAAGAGACUCUUGGGAAUCAAUGUGCAAUAAGGUACUACUGUCAUCCUCCAAGUUACAAAAGGAUACUUGAAGACAGAUUUUAGAUGAUGCAGUUUUGAGUCUUUAAACUGUCAUGUAGUGGUGGCCAUAAGAAUUCUUCUCUUUCUAAGCCAUUGAGUAUUUAUUACUGCUUUGAAUAUAGAAGUGGAAUCUUUUAAAACAGCUCAAGAAAGAUGCAAAAAAAAAAAAAAAAAAAAAGGAUAGCUGGAAAGAAAACAAAUGUUUAACCAUGGUAUUAUACCUACACAGAUGUUAACCUUUUCUUAUGCCAUGGGUAACCCUUAUCAGGGUUGAUUUCAUCUGCAGGUUCCAGUGAUACUCCUGAUAACAUGGAAUGGUUUCCAUCUAGAAACAUCCAGGUUGAAGCACAGUGCCCGCAGCAUCCAGUGUGUCACUUUACAUGCUUUCAUCAUUAAAUGUCCUAGACUUUAUGAUGAAUGUCACAUGACACAUCUGAGUGAUAAGUCAGACGUUUAUCAUAAAAUCUAGGAUAUUCAAUGAUGAAAGCAAAAACCCCCAGUCUGUCCAAUCAAGUGCACGUGUUUCCAGCCCUUGCAGUUCCCAUCUCUGCCUCCCACUGCCCACUGACUGCUUUGACCACUGUGUAUCAGGAAAGAUUUCUACAACCAUAAAACAUCCCUCUUGAACAGUCCAAGAAAAAGCCAAACUCCCGAUAGCACCACAGAGGAUGCCCUUUGUUUCCCUGCAAUAAUUUAUUUACUUGACUAGGAGUGUUAGUCACACACAGAUAGAGAAGAACAUCACCAGCAAGUAAGUACAGAAUUGCAGAGCUGCAGGGUGACCCCGGAAGUUCCCUGGCUCCAGCUUUUCCACCUUGUACCUCCUUGCCUGCAGGUUCACCCUGCAGCUUUAGCACAGCCAGUGAGUGACACAUGACAAUUGGUACAGCCCAGACAACUUGCACCUUUCAUACUAGAAGGAAGAACUUCGGGGACUGUGCCCAUGCUGCUGGGAUGCACACCUAUCUCUUUUACGCGUAUUUCUUGCAGGUUUUAUCAGCUACUGGAACUUGACACUGCACUGAAUUUUCACUCAUUCUUCCUACUAACAUUCGGGAAUCCAGCCCUUGUUUUCACAGAUACGUUUUAUGUCAGCAGCAUGACAAAGCCAUAUAAUUAAAUAAAAUUGUGUCAAAGCAUUGCUCUUUAACAACAAGGAAAAUAUGUAUAUGCUUCAGAGGGAAAGACAACUAGAGGGAAGUUUUCAUCCCAAUGUGUUAGCUAUAUUCAGGGUUCGUAGGGUUUUUUUAAUCUCAGCUUCUGUUACUGAUACAUUAAAAAAUUUUUUUUUUUGCUAUGAAUAGAGUGAAAUAGAAACAUUUUUGAAUACCUUAAUUAAACAUGCUAUUAUCUCAAUAUAUAACCAGAACAUAUCUCAGUGGUACAGUUGAGACUUCUUGGCAAUGAUGGUAGCAGCUUAGCGAAAUACAUUCUCCCUUGCCAAGUGUAUGAAGGUCAGGAGAGUUUGGUGGAAAACUUCCUUUUUGUUUCAGGAUUGGUUUUUUCCAGAGUGCUCUCAGGACUACUUUCUUGUCUACAAAUGGUUUACAGAGACUUACAGCUUCUGUCUGGUUAGUCUACUCAGCAAAAAUCAAGUUGGAUAACAGGCAUCUGCUAUGGCUUAUUAUAAUAGUGAAGUUGGAGUAACUGAAAAGUUUUAAUGAUGACAAUAUCCAAAAAAAAGCCCAUUUUGAGAGUUUCAUUACUACAUCUAUGAGAAGUGAUGGGAAUUUUGUCCUAUACAUUAACUUAUGUCUGAGAAGACAUGGUCUAGGCAUGUUUCUAAUUUCCUGAAAGAGCUUGGUCUUGUCCACAUGUUUGUUGUCCACAUGUUUGCAUGUGUGUAAUAAGUUUAGUAACUCAAGUGAGGUAGCUCGGAUAUGGGAUGAAUAUUUCUCCUGCAAUCCUUGGAUUUUUCUGGAUCUUGCAAGCUUUGCCUUUAAAUGUCCAUGACUGUUGAAAUUCUUUUUACAGUCUUCUGAGUGGAUUUACUCACCAGCAUGCUUACUAUCCCGAACAAUCCCCCUUUGGUGACUUGAGGACUUGAUUAGAGAAUAAUUUAUUGAGGUCAUUGUAGACAUUCAACUUCAAAAGCCCCAGAAAACACUUUAAAGAUAUUUAAAUAGCUUUUAAUUAUAACGCAUAUACUUUUAAAAGAAUACUUUUAGAUUCACUGAGGUUACAAGAAAGACUGAAGAGCAUAAAAGAAAUUUAAUUAAAAUUUCUGAAUUCAUUAUGGCCUUAAAGACUCUUGGGAAUCAGGGUCUAUUAAACAUUCAGAAAAUGUAGUACACAUAUUAAUAUAGUGCUGGCUGGGCAUUCUUCUAUUUAAAAGUAUAAAUUGUUCAGCCUCUCAGAAAAGUUAGGCAGUUAUAGUUAACAUGACAGCUGCCUCUAGUUUUAGCCAAAUGGGUCCUACAUGGCAAUAUUUUGCCAGACAUUGAUUAAGUCAUCACAUGCCACAUUUAUGGAACUGUAAUAAACACACAGCCAUUCUGUGGAGCAGUUAAUAAUAAAUGGUAUCUCACUGCAUUUCUCCUAGGCUCUUUCUCUUCCAGAACCCUCCAUCCUCUUUUGUGAAGGGACAUUGAUAAAAUCCUCAUGGUGCAACCUGAAGCCAUUAGAUGUUCCUUUUUCCACUCUCAAGACUAACAGAUGUCACAUUGCUUUGCAUUUCAAGAUUUCACUCUAUCUUUUGAUGUUAUAGUUACCACAAAGAAACAAAUGUUCACCAAGAAUAACAACUCAGCUGCAUCUAGAUGUUCUCUAACUUGUUUCUCCAGUUGGUCGCACCCUAUAGGAGGUUAACACUUAACGGGCGUGGUGUUCUCACUGUCCCCAUGGAAUGAAAUGCUGGUCCCCCAUAGUUGACCUUCCCCACUGCAUCCUUGUGGGGCUGCUUUGACAGAGAACUCUGUGCACAAGGCCAAGAGAUGGUCAAUUAAAGUUGCACUUGCGCAUUGGGGCGUACAUUAAAAUGGCCAAGUAAAUGACUUUUACACAUCUCUGAAUGUCCAGUUCUUUUCUGUCUGCCUGGACGCAGAGCUCAGGGUGCCCUGCCUCAGAAACAGCACUUUCCAUGUGUCUCCUGCCCUUGCAUCCUCAGCCAGACAGCUAUUCAAUCCUGGAACCCCCCCAGUAAUCCUCUAUCAUUGUAGCCAUAGCGUCUGGACAAAAGCAAUGCUAAAAUAAUCAUUAGCAUUUUCAAAACUGGGAAAUCGAAGAAACUGGGUUAUUCUAUUACAUGUUUAUGAGCCAAUUCAUUCUGCCUGGACAGAUUAUACCUUAUGUUGUUGGCUGACCCUCCCGGACAGCAACACUUACAUCUAUUGAAUUAAUUAGGUCCUGUUUGGGUGCAUUAAGUGGCAUCAAUCUCAGAUGAGUGAUACAGUAUGUGAUGGAAGAAUUUUGUAUGCACAAAGGACAGUUUUUCUUGCAGAUUAGUGCACAGUGCAUGUUGGAGGCUGGUGGCCGAAGUUAUUUGGUCCCAUUUCUUCUUAGCUAUGAGAAGAGACAGUAAGGAGGUGGUGAAGCCAGGAGAAUUACCAGAGAGACAUGACUGAAUAUAUAGGCCACAUAGUCUCUGAAUAUGUUCUACUGUAUUGUCUGUUUCAAUUUCUAACUCUGAUCGUUUAGAACUCUUAGAUAGUGGUUUAGAACUCUUACCCUGACUGAUCAAGGCAUCUCCAUUUAGAAAUUAAUUGCUAAUGUAAAAUGUGCCAGAGUUUAAACUAGUCUCUUAUACCCUGGAUGUUUUUCAUUGUGAGGUUAUUCUGCAUGUUUCUGUCACUCAGGCAUCAUUAGCACACUUGGUAAAUGAAAGGUAUUUCUCUCUCACUUCAAGGAAAUAUAUUGUAAGUUUUGAUUCUUGUUUUAGUAGAUGAUUGAAGCCUUUUAGUAAGAAAAAGGUAAUCUAGCACAUUUAUGGUUAAGCUUGGGCUAAUGAAAUUAAAAGGACAUUGGUUUCGUUCUUACUCUUAGUAUAAAAAGUGUGCAUGUAGAUAUAGUUAUAUAACUGUAUAUAUACAUAUCUACACACAUGGUUGGUUUUAUAUUGUGUUUUCCCAUCAAUCUUUUUGGUUGAAACUUUUAAAAUAAAUUUUAAUUAUGCAAAAUCUAAUUUUUUAAAAGAAGGAAGUAAAUGUUAUAUGUCUUUCUGUUAAAAAGAAAUUCAGUCCUCCACCGCCCCCUUCCCACACACUCAUAUUCUACACAUCUUGGCUACAUUUUAAAAAGUAUGACUGAAAUAUUUAAAAGGCUCGAUGAAAGUAGAAUCACUACUUUAAUAAUGUAGCCUAGUUGGAAGCGUGAUUUAACUCAUUUUGAAGAGAAGUUUUUCUAUAGUUCAUGGCUUUUACAGGAUUAGGAAAAGAAACAUUUAUCAGUAUUAUGGAAAAUAGUCUUCUUAGUAGGUAGGUUUCAAACAAAUAAACUAAAUUGGUAGUGUUGAAAUCUAACGUUUGUAACACACAUCCUGUUUUACUCUAGAUGAAAAACGUAUAAAAUUCUUCCAGUGGAAACCAGUGAACUUUUUUAACAGCUUUGGGGAUUUUUUUGUAUGAUAAUUUUUAAAAUGAAAUGUGUGCUCUUUAAACUAAUUAAGGCUGAAGUUUUCCAGGAGUCGCAUUUUGAAAGUGUUUGUACACAUUUUAACACUUUGAUAUUUUCUAUUUUGGUUUUGUAUAUUUUUAUGUAUACACAGUGUACAGACUUUCUUCUGUAAAUAAAACAUGUUUUCAUUUGUCUAGAA